CGUCACAAGGAAGUUUCUAGAGAAUCUGUAGAAGUGAUACAGUGUACGAUGCAUCCACUCAUUCCUCAGCUGUCUCUCCUGUUAAUCUCGCUCCCCCUGCAAGGAACGGAUGAUCCUGUUACGAAGGUUAAUAAACCAGUAAACGGCACAGUCACAUUUCGCCAUGGUUUUGAGUUGGGCGCUAAAACACUUUGUACCGUUCGGAUGAGCAGCCAAGGUGAAUGGAGGGAAGUAGCAGAAUACAGGGACAGUCAUUUCAAUGUAACCAACGAGCAGUUUGAGACACGCACUGUAUUCAUGAAAUCGACAUUCAAGAUCCAGAGCCUGACAGUGAAUGACAGUGGGGUGUAUGACAUAUCCUGCUGGAAUGCUCCAAAGCCUAAUAAAAUGUGGAGUGUUUUCAACCUCACGGUUUAUGAACCAGUGCAACAGCCAGAUAUUAAAAGAGAGUGCCAAUGUGAAUAUAACGACUGUAACUGCACUCUUCAUUGUCUGGAUCCAACAAACUCGUCCUCUAUCCACUGGACUAUAUUACGUGACUCCAAGCCCGUCAAAAAUUUAAGUCAAAGUACAAUCCGGGCCUUGCUCGGUGAUACAUUUGAAAACAUUGAGUACGUGUGUGUGCUACAAAAUCCUGCUGAUCAGAAAAACUCUUCCAUUGGCUUCCGGCAACUCUGUUCUGCUUCUCGUUACAGUGACUUCCUUUGCUGGUGUUGGAAGUACUGGAAAAGAUGCAUUUAUUUGACUGUCAUUGUCCUGGGGAUCAUUCUGAUUGUUGCCUUAGCCAAGAAAGUCAAAGAGGCCUGUUUAAAAAUGUCAAGGAAGGUUUGUGGCUAUUUUUCAUCUUGGAGGACUGAAGUGGCUAAUGAAUGGGAACAAGACUGAAGAAAUCCUUAUGAACAAGACAUUUCAGGCCAGCGAAUCUUAAUAAUAAAGAUCAGUGGAAAGGAAACAUCAUCAAGACUUCAAAUGGAACCAUUUUUGCAACUGUUCUCUCCAACUGGAUACAACGCACUUUAUUUGGGAUCUAACCAAAGAACUUUCAUUGACUUUUGAUCUUUGCAUCGCAAACCACUAUGGAUCUCCAUCUUCAGUUGGACUGAGAACCUGAGCCAAACUAUGCAAUUGAGAUGGUGCAGACAUACUAUUGUCUGUAUAAUGCACAUUGCACUAAUCACUGUGCAAUUUAAUGUGGUUGAUGUGAUUGAGAUCCAUGAAACUUGCACAGUGUGGAACUGGGGUGUCCAGGGCCUACCAGGGUUGCCACCUCAAGGUCCAUAGACCCCAGUCUCGAUCUCCUCCACCCAUUGUUCUUUGCAGGGAAUGGGCCUCAGUCAGUGGGUUUUUCACUGGUGUCCAUGGAAACUACACACUCAUAGGCAUGUACUCAGGACUCCUGACAUACUAUAUGCAUAUACAUUUCAUUGCAGGGGGAGAGAGAAACCACAUACAACAAUAACUGGAAAAUGCACCAUAACAGCUCAUCAAUGUGCUUGGUUACUUUCUUUCUACUUAAUGUAUGGGACCAGAAUCCUGAAUUUAUUAAACCCAGAAAUUAAUUGUCUAAACUGACUCAGGGUGCUUCUCUGAGCACUUUUGCACUUUACACUUUUAACACCCCAAGGGCAGAAACACACGCUGCUAUUUUGGGAGA